CAGUAAUUUCUUUUUUUUCUUUCUAGUUCUAAGCCCUGAUGUGAAACUUUUUUGACAUUUCUGCGUUUUGGCGACAUUCAGCUUUAUUGAGAUCAGUUCUACCUUCUGUUUAUCGUAAGUGCGCGUGCGCCUAACCGGACAAAGAUGGCGACCAACGGAGAAGAGCCUGACGGCUUUGAUAUGCAAUUUCUAUUUCGGACUCUGGCGGAAAGAGACCCGAGCAAAAGGAAGGUCAAACCCGCUCAACAUGCUUUCAUGGACAUGGGUCAUGUCACAGAGAGUAGUUCUGAUGAUGAAGACUACACGGUUCCGGAAGAUGAGCUGAACGCGGACUCUGAUGCCAUUAGUGAUUCCGGUUCGGACUCCCCCAAUGUCGCCAGUGCCGAAGAGGACGAGGCAAUUACGGCGAACGGAGAAAAGGAGCCGCCGGGGAAGGACGUCAAAGCUUCGACUGAUGCGUAUAGUGCUGAUGUUACCGAACUGCUGAAAAAAUUGGAUCACAAGCUCAUCUGCUGCGCGUGUCUCGGUAUGGAGAGUCUUCCGAAUGACGAGUUGAUCGAGUGCGAUGGUUGCGGGAUUAUGAUACAUGAAGGGUGUUAUUACGGAAUACCCGAAGACGCAUCUGAAAGCAGUUCCGUAUCCUCUUGCUCGUCGGAUCCUUGGUUUUGCGAUGCUUGCAAGGCUGGAAACUUCAACCCGCGCUGCGAACUGUGUCCUAACACUGGUGGUGCUUUCAAAGAAACGGAUGCAGGUCACUGGGUACACAUUGUCUGUGCCCUCUUUGUGCGUGGGGUCGCAUUCGUUAAUCCGGAGAGACUCGAAGGAAUGACUCUUUUCGAACUUUCGAAUUCAGCAUUCGGAUCGAAAGCUUGCGCCUAUUGUGAAGACGUGGCGCUGAGCAAGACUGGUGUGUGCGUUGUCUGUGAUGCCGGAAUGUGUCGCAUUGUGUUCCAUGGUACAUGUGGUCAGAAAGAAGGACUUCUUCUUUUCCCGCACGAAGACGGGAACUUGUCGGCUCCUGGAGAGCAAGUUGACCCUUAUUUGGCUCACUGCAAACUUCAUUCCGAAAAAUCACGCAUGAGGGACAAGAAAACGCGAUACAAUGCGUUGCAUGGGCUCAUGAAGAUGCGGGUUCAAGAAAGAAUCGAGCGGAGCGAAAAUGCCGAAAGACUCAAAAUUCCUCUACCGCCUCAGUUUGAUCCCAAGCGAAUGUUACGCAAACUCAUGAAGCAGCAAACUCUGUACGAGAAAGCGAAAGCCAGCAGAGGUGAUGCGUGGGUGCCAACGGAACGAAUUCCGCGCCUUUUGAAUACGUCUCCGGAAAGCGUGAUUAAUAUGCGUCACAAGAUUACUCUAAUGAACCUGGAUCCUAUUGCUAUGGAAGACACCUUGGCGCAGCAACAGAGCAUAGCAGACAUCGGCCGUAAACAUGGUCUAAAACCUGCGUUCUCAGUCGAGUUCGUGGCAUAUUUCAUCGAUCGGAGUAAACGUAUGAUGACGUUUCGGGAGGAACUGGCUGAUGCUCAAAAAAGUCGGGCUUUGUUAGCUGAAAGGGCAAAAGGUGCCUUGGAAGUUUUCGAGGAGGCUAAGAAUCGGAAUGAAGUUGCGUCACAGAAGUUCGAAACUGCGAGGAAUGAAGCGGAGAUGCUGUUCGGUUGUAUUUGUGAUGUUUCUGGGAAGACCUUGGGUACUCCGCGGUGCCUCGAGCCUCCACCUCCACCAAUUAGACCAUUCUUCGCGAGUCCUGUGCGAAUGACGAGCAAUGCGAGGAAACUCUACGAUGCAGUUGAAACGACUCAAAAUAAUUCGUCGUCCGGCAGCAAAAAGCUGAUGAAGAAACGAAGUCCGAAUCACAAAGGAAUCUUGAUGAAAUGUACCACUUGCGAUUCAACGAAGGAGCAGCACUCCAUAGUGACUUGUGACACGUGUCAUCAGAGCUAUCACAUGGCGUGUGUUGUGCCUCCAUUGGAAAGGAUGCCAAAGAAGACGAAGCUUUACGGCUGGCAAUGUAACGAAUGCGUAGCAGAAGUUUCCACGGACUCGGAAAAAGAAGCGGUGGACACUGAAGCUCCGCGAAAACUCCGUGGAGCCUUGUCGCGUCCUCGCAAGCAAGUUUACGAGGCGGAUUCCAUAAUCUUAGAUGACGGGUCUAGUAGUAUAUCUGACAGCAUUGCGAAUGCUGGAGUGUCCAAACCAUUAGUUACCGUGCCCAAACGGAAGAAGAAACGUUCCGAAGGUGAUCAGGUUCCUUCAGUCUCUGACAGCGUGGACCUGAACCACUCCGUACCUGUUGGCGAUGGUUCGCCAGAGACGUCGCCAAAAAAGAAGAAGCGACGCAUCAACGUCAGCGGGGCUGCUGAUGGCCCGCACGCUGUGGAAGACGGCUUGUCACUGUCGGGUAAAGCCGCCUCUUCGACAGGCGAACCCAGCGCGGGACGAAGUCGCCGAAUUUCAGCAUCUCGAGCGAAACGUGGCUCGUCUCCUGAGAAGACGACCUGUGAUGUAUGCAACAUGCCCGGCACUGGUAGUGAUACGGUUCGUUGUGACGAAUGCAAGCGUUGCUUCCAUUUCCAAUGUUUGGACCCUCCGGUUCUGAAAUCUCCGAAAGUACGCGGGUACUCUUGGCAUUGUGAAGACUGUGACAACGCGUCGGAGACUUCAGACGGGCCGAGAUUCUCUGAAAUGAAGGAGACUCCGAAAGAAAAGCGUCGCUCUGCGUUACGCGAGCUAGAUAAGCAGAACAGCCGAACCCGAGAAUGGGUCGCUGCUCAGCAAGAAGCCGCAGAGACAGCAAAUGGUGAAGAGCUCGAUGAAGACGGUGUUCUGCAAAUUGAUGAAUAGCCACUGACGCGUAUCUCGGCCGUUUUGCUUGUUUUCUGGUUGAACAAAGUCCCUGUUUUCUCUUUCGGCUCCGGACAACAACAACAAAAAAUCACGCAACAACUGAUUUUUUUUUUCUCGUGUAAAUUCAAGCUUCGGAAAUCCGUCGCGUUCAGUUUUUUUUCGGGAUGUAUUUUCGUUUUCUUUCCAAUUUAUGACUGUUGUCCUGGAGUUCAGAGAUGAAGAGGACAUUCUUUGGCGUGCGAAGGUAUUCUCGUUCAUGCACGUACGCAAUUUCAUGUUUAUUUCGUUGUGCUAUUUGAAAAAUCCGUGUUGGUUCUGCUGUGAACUUCUUUUAACUCAUGAUUAACGGACAGGUGUGAUGCGUGUACUUCGACCAUUGGCGGGGUUUUCUUGCUUUUCAUCAGCAGUUGUGAACCCCGGUCUUCGUGGAUCCAGUAUUCGCCGGAAAACUUGCUUUUAUGCAAAGGUAUGGCGUUGAAUGAAAACUCUGUCGAGCAAACGGGACUGGAAGGAGUGACCGCGGAAGAAAUGGAUCUCUUUGAGAAACAGCUCUCGCAGUGGAAAACGAGUUCUACAAGGGCCAGUGUUCCUGCUAACCCCGACCGCGUCC